UGCGCGCCCGUUAGUUUGGAUACGUGUUUGGGUGCAUAGGACACCAGCGAGACUUGAAGGAAAACACACCUGCUCUCUCUUUUCGAGGGCAUGAUGAGAGAGAGGGGAGGAGGACCAUAGCGAGCAUAACGAUGAGCGAAUGUGCAGCGUAGGGAUUUUUAGUCAGGAAAAAAAACAGCAAUGGAGAACCAAGCGGCCACGGAGCCGCGAUGCUAUGAGGACGUCCGCAAGAGCGGUUACCUGCGCAAGCCGAAAUCCGCGCACCGGCGUUUCUUCGUGCUCCGCGCGCCUUCUGACCACGGCCCUGCCCGCCUCGAGUACUAUGAGAGCGAAAAGAAAUUCCGGAGCAAGUCGCCGGUGCCCAAGAAGGUUGUCGACCUGGAUUCGUGCUUUAACAUCAACAAGCGAGCCGACUCCAAAAACAAGCACAUGAUAGUGCUGCACACUCGCGGAGAGAGCUUCGCAGUGGCCGCGGACACGGAGGAGCUGCAGAACGAGUGGUAUCAGGCCAUGCUUGACCUGCAAAGCAGAAGUAAGACCCCAGAUGACUAUGGCAGUGGAGGAGAAUGUGGAUUGCUAUCACCUGGCCCUGCUUUUAAGGAAGUAUGGCAGGUGAAGUUAUGGCCCAAAGGCCUAGGGCAAGCAAGGAACCUGAUUGGCAUCUACAGACUCUGCCUUACUGAUAAUACGGUCAACUUUGUCAAGCUCAACUCAGAUGCACCAGCUGUAGUGCUCCAACUGAUGAAUGUGCGCCGCUGUGGACAUUCAGAGAACUUUUUCUUUAUUGAAGUGGGCCGUUCAGCCAUGACCGGACCUGGAGAGUUUUGGAUGCAAGUGGAAGAUUCUGUAGUUGCACAGAACAUGCAUGAGACUCUUCUAGAGGCAAUGAAAGCCCUGAGUGAAGAAUUCCGUCAACGGAGCAAAACCCAGGCAGUAGGGACUUCCUGUGGAGGUGGCACAGCCUCCAAUCCUAUAAGCGUGCCGUCACGACGCCACCAUCCAAAUUUACCACCUUCCCAGGUAGGCUUCUCUAGACGGGCUAGGACAGAGACCCCUGGUGUGCCACACAGCACCAACACAUCUCCAACAUCUCGGCAAGGAUUCUCCAGGUCACGCACAGCCAGUAUUGGUGCACGGACAGAGGAUUGCAGUGGAAGAAUGACUGCUCUCAGCACCAGUCCAAGCCUCAAUGGCUCCUCUUGUUCCACCACCCCUACCCUACGGCCUAAACCCACUAGAGCACCUACUCCAGCCAAGAUCACACUUAGUUUGGCACCAUAUACCCCCAAGAACCCAGCACCUUCCCCAGCACCUAGUCUCUCUUCUAGCUCUGGCCAUGGAUCAGAGUGUGGACUGAGUGGCGCUCCAUUAGGUACAGUGCCUAUCUGUACCUAUGCUCGGAUCCCACAGAGAGUGUCCAUGUCAGGCUCUCCGAGUGACUAUGGCUCCUCUGAUGAGUAUGGAUCUAGCCCUGGUGAGCACUCACUUCUUGCUGCUGGUCUCUCUACUGCUUUAGUAGAUGGUUCUACUGGCUGUGUAUUAGUGGGGCACAGAGACACCUCUCACAAGAGAGUACAUGGGCGCAGGAUACUUCGACACUCCUCUAGCAGAGAGCACGAAGCUGAGCGUAGGUUACUUAGCAAGCGCACUUCUCUUCCACCUUCAACUGCUCAGGAGCACAUAGUGCCUCAUUGCAGGGAAGAAGAUGAUGAAGAAGAUGAAGACUAUGAAGUGAUGUCUCGCAGCACCAGCAGAGAAUCCUUUACCUCUCGUCGAGGCUCAGGAUGCUCAGUAACUCCAAGUGGGCAGUUGGAAACCUCAGCAAAUAAAGGUGUAAAUACAAAGGAAGGUCUGGAGAACACAUCAAUUGACAGCGGCUACAUGUCUAUGCUACCAGGUGUUACAGCUCCUGCAAGUCUGUCUCUUUCAGUAUCUGAAACAGAACCAAAGGGAGGGGAUGAAUACAUGACUAUGACCCCCAACAGCAGUGUUUCACCCCCACAGAACAUCCGGCUUCCUGUCGCUGAGGGCUACAUGAUGAUGUCCCCCCAUAGCAGCUGUUCACCAGAUCUACAUGGCAUGAGUGGGUGUUUGUGGGGUAGCAGGAGCAGCAUGGAAAGUCGAACAGGUAGUGACUACAUGAACAUGUCACCCAUUAGUGCCAGGUCAGCCUGCAGCACACCCCCUUCACACACAGAACAACAUCCACUACAGCCCAAAACAGUGUACUCCUACUUUUCCCUCCCAAGGUCUUACAAACAUACCACCCUCUCUACUCGCUUUGAGGAUAAUCUGGGAGAUGCAAGGAGACCAGAGGCGAUUUCUAGGGGUGAAAGUGUUUCUGGAAGGAGGACGGGACGUGGUGGUUAUCCCAAUAGAGCUGACUCUUCUUCUGGCCCCAGUGGAGGUGGAAACCUUUCCCUGUCCUCCUCCUCAUUCUCUUCCAGUUCGGCAAGCACUGAGAGCUUGGAGGACAAACCUCUAUCCCUGCCUUCAGGUGGAAUUGGGAAGGCCACCAGGUCAAGCACAGGACACAGGGUAGGGGGUGUUCACCCCAAAGAUUCAGCCCACCAUUUUCACCAGCAGAGACGAGGAGCAGGUGUCCAGAAACAGGGUCAUCCACAGCAACGAAAAGGCAGGCCCUUUAGUCUCUGUGUGGACAUGUCCAAAGCCAACACCCUACCUAGAGUUAAAGAGACUAUACAGCCAUUGGUACCCCAAAGCUCUGGUGAAUAUGUUAGCAUUGUUUAUCAGGGUGAGCAGGCAAUGUGCAAAAAAGGGGUAACAGGUGUAGAUCAGGGGAGCACUGUGGUACAAGGGCAUUCAAGAGCUUUAUACCAACCAUCUUCAUGCCAAGUUGGUGGCACCAAUCUGCCUCGCAGUUUCUCAGCACCCCUCACCACUACCAUCUCUGUGUCCUCAGAGUAUGUUAACAUGGAUUUGGGCCAUUCUUCAUCUCCUCUGUCCUGCACAUCACUCUCUUCUUUUAAUCCAAAUCCAGCAAUAGCUCCAAAAGCAAGAGAGAAUGUUGCAAGGGCUCCUCAAGUGGCACAGGAAGCUGAAAAGGGACAUAGAAAGAAUGUUUUGUCCAACUUGCCUUCUGGAGACAUGACAGGUACCCCUUUUGCAGACUACACAGAAAUGGCAUUUGGUUUGGCUAGAGUAGAAAGCCCUUUACAUGGUCCUAAACCUGGGCAAACUGCUGAGCCCUCCUCUGUUGAGCAGGAUCAAAGCAUGAAUUUCCACUCACCCAAAGCUUUCCCCAACUUAGACCAAGGUGCCAGACUAGUCAGAGCAGAAUCAUCAGCAAGACGGAGGCACCACUCAGACACCUUUAAGACACCUCCAGAACUCUCCCUUUCUCCUUCUUCCUCCUCCUCUAUUUUUGGAGAAGCUCCACAGGCCACUAUACCUCGAUGCCAUGGGCUAGAGAGUACACUUUGGGCUACUGGGCAGCCAUCUGCUGCACAGUGCACAGGUCCUGGGCUGGCAGCUCUAACUACAGCCCAGGCUUCAUCAUUGUCACUGGAACAAGGUCUAAACUACAUUGACCUUGACUUGGCUGGAAAGGACAAUGCACAGAUGAGCCUAGAUGGACCUUCUGGGCCACACUUCACCGUUCUGGGAGAAGGGUUAACAAUGGGAUUAGGUGGAACAGCAGCUGGGGGCAGCAGCAACUCCAGCAUCAACACGUAUGCCAGCAUUGACUUUUUCAAGUCAGAGGAACUAAGAGUUCACCAAAAUACCAGGAAAGACAGCAAAGAGUGCUGAUCGUCCUGCUUGCUGAAGAGGAACAGUGUGUGUGUGUGUGUGUGUGUGCGCGCGUGUGUGCAUGUGUGUGUGACAGAGAGCGAAUGUGUGGGUGUGUUGUUUGCAUCUCAGUGUGUGCGAGUCCUGAAGGUGUGGACGCUCACCCUGUAAGAUUUUGUUUCCAUCGGUUACAAUCGGAACAAAAUUUGCCAAAAGACUAUUGGUCAUACCCAACCAUGAACGAUAAGAUGGACACGUCCUUCAUCCAAUCGGGAAGGAUUAA